UGAGUUCCAAUACGUUUUAAAGUAUCAGAAACCAAUAUCAACACUGAUAAAUCUAGGUCUAUAUACCCCUACUAAUACAACAUGUCUGUCAACCAGGAAGCACUCAGGAAACUUCUCAUAGAGAUGGACAACCAGUUGAGCCGGUCAAAGGCCGAGCUUUCGAUGUGUAACCUUCAACUCAGCAGAGUCGACACAAACCUUCGUCUUAUUCAAUCAACAAAAUCACGCUUAAAUACCUUAUGUACCGAUGGAGAACCAGUCUGGCAGGGUGUAGGCAAGACAUUUGUGAAAACAGACGUCAACACUUACUUGAAGGGCAUUGCCACAGAUGAAAAGGAAUUCAGCGAUAGCAAGUCGUCGUUGGAAAAGAAGAAACAUUAUUUGGAAACAACAUUGGAGAAGACUGUGGACAGUAUGUCUCAAAUUGUUAAUGGUGAUAGAAAGGCUUAGUGUAGUAUAUAGAGAAUUUACAACGAGAAUAAUUGGU